AGAGUUAAUGUGAGCGCACAUGUGCCACUGAAUACAGCUGCCACACGCUUUAAAUCUUCAAGAGAAGGACAGACCGAAAGAAAGAAAGAAAGGAAGAAAGAAAGAAAGAUUGUUUAAACUUUCUUCUGUUGGGAAACAGAAGCAGCAGUGAAGAAGAAAACGUGUUGAAUCCUCACCAUAUAAAUACAGAUCAUCUCCUGGAGGAGCUCAACUCAUACACUGUCAUGGCUCCCAGCUUGGCCCAAGCGUACAGGAGGAGGUGGUGGAUGGCUAUCACAGCCAUUAUAGAGAACCUUCUCUUCUCUGCUGUUCUGCUGGGUUGGGGCUCACUGCUCAUCAUGCUGAAGAAUGAAGGCUUCUAUUCCCAUCUUUGCAUUGAAAACGAAACUGACCACACCAACGUGACAUCCAUGGAGAGCGGUCAGUGGCGGAGUUGCGUGGAGCAGGAAGAGAUGUUGAACCUUGGCUUCACCAUUGGCUCAUUCCUCUUGAGUGCAGCCACUCUACCCCUGGGCAUCCUGAUGGACAAAUACGGGCCGCGCCCACUGAGGCUCAUUGGCAGUUCAUGUUUUGCAGCCUCCUGCGCAAUGAUCGCUGUCGUUGCAUACAACCCUGAAGUGCUGUCCGCCCUCAUCUUCCUCGCUGUCUCCCUCAACGGCUUUGGAGGGAUCUGUCUGACCUUCACCUCACUCACACUGCCUAACAUGUUUGGAAAUAUACGAUCAACCGUCCUCUCCCUGAUGAUUGGCUCCUAUGCUUCUUCAGCCGUGACUUUCCCUGGUGUCAAGGUGAUUUAUGACCUUGGCGUGUCGUUCCGCGUCCUCAUGUGGGUUUGGUCUGGCAUGGCCUGCAUGGUCUUCGUCAACUGCUUCGUAAACUGGCCUGUUGAAUCUUUCCCUGCACCCGAAGACGUCAGAUACACUAAAAAGGUGAAGCUGAGCGGAGUUGUGACAGAGGACAAGGUGACUGGGGAGUCAUAUGUCACCCAUGUGACUCUUAUGGAAGACAUGAUGGGAGCUCAGCAGCCAGAACCCGAACGGACAGACUCCAAAGGCACAACUCAGGACGCAGUGCCACUCUGUCACUCUGUGUGCUCUCCCAUCUUACUGUGGAGUCUCAUCACCAUGGCAAUGACCCAGCUGAGGCUGAUCUUCUUCAUGGGUGCCAUGAACAAAAUGGUGGAGUUCCUGGUCACCCACGGCGACCCCAACCCCUCAGAAGAGAUGGUGAAUGAGGCGAAGGAACAAGUUGGUUUCUACUCAUCUAUCUUCGGCACAAUGCAGCUGCUGUGUCUAUUGACCUGUCCUUUGAUUGGCUACAUCAUGGACUGGAGGCUGAUGGAGUGUGAAGAGGAGAACGCAAACACACAAAUAGUGAAGAGCCAAUCAGAUCCCCCGAAGAGAGACAGGAAGAUCCAGAAACUGACAAAUGCCAUGAGAGCUUUCAUCUUCACUAACCUCCUAUUGGUCACCUUCGGAAUACUUUCCUUGAUUGACAACCUGCCCCUACAGAUGGUGUCGUACGUUCUGCACACCAUAGUGAGAGGAUUUAUUCACUCCUGCUGUGGAGGUCUCUAUGCUGCUGUGUAUCCAGCUAACCAUUUUGGAACACUGACAGGCCUGCAGUCAAUGAUCAGUGCUGCCUUCGCCUUGCUCCAACAGCCUCUGUUCAUAGUGAUGCUGGGACCCCUCAAAGGAGAUCCUUACUGGAUCAAUUUUGCCCUCCUCAUCUUCUCCCUGACUGGCUUCCUGUUGCCCGGCUAUCUGUUUUAUCACCGUAGAAACCUGAUCAGGGCAAAGGCAAAGCGUGAUAGGUUGGCUGCUAGCCAAUCAGAAAAUGCUCCUCUAAACCAGUCUGAUUUGAAGAGCCAAGCCAAUGGGCAUGCGGCUAAUGGAUAUACACCCAAUGGACACACUGCUUAAAACCAUCAAUGGGACUGAAAUGAGCAAUUUAUGUAAUAGUCUGUUUUGACUACUGUUUUUAGUAAUUUAAAAAUAUAUUCUGAGGAUGUAAAUGUAACCUUACCCCGGUAUGGAAACUAUGACAUCUAGCAAAAACAAAACAAGACAGCAAAAAUUUAUUUUACCUUUAAGAUUAUCGCCAGCAGCAGGUCUACAGUUUGACCUAAUGCCAGGCUUUUCGUUUGGAAUAUAUUCUCUGACUUUUCACUAGAUUUCAUCACAUGGUCAUUUAAAAAUAACAUGUAAAGGUGGCUCAGUGGUUAGCACUGUAGCUUCACAGCAUGAGUCUCAGCUCUGCUCUCUCCAGUGUGGAGUUUACAUGUUGUUCUGACCGUGGGGGUUUGUUUUCUCUACGAACACUCAAAUUGCCCAUAAGUGAGAAUAUGAGUAGAUGUGAUGGACUGACAAGCUUCCAGUCCCCAAAGCAUUAAGUGACAAAUAACAUAAUAAUUCAAGGACCAUACAGUGUUUCUGCAUGUUUUAUCCCACUAAUAACAUACAGUCGGUCUACAAGAGUAUUUCCAGACGUUUUUCAAAGUGUAACUGAACUCUUUAGAUUAUUGAAUGUGCUUGAAACGAAGUAAUCCAUCACAGCUGACAGCAAAACUGCAAGCCAAAAAAACAGGCCUACACAUACUGUAUAUUGAUGAUACUCCUACUACUACUACUACUACUAAUAGUAAUAAUAAUAAUAAUAAUAUAGAUGCAAAGUGUUUAAUACGAGCAAAAAUGAAAACAGGUAAAAGUAAAAUACAGAAUUAUAAAAAGAACAUAAUAUAAAAUAUAUUAAAAUAAUAAAACAAUAGACCUGAUUAUUUGUCAUACACAGCAAAGAAUUAGCACUAAAAAUGUUUGGUCUAAUGUCAGGUUUACAUAUUUGAAUUACAUAUAAAGUUUCCAUUGGGUCAAGUAAUUCUAACAUAAAGUACAAAAGUACUAUAUAUGUAAUAAAACUGAUAUGAAUAGUCUGAGAAUUUAUGUAACUAUUGCUCAUUGAAUUAAAUUAAAUCAAAUGAAUUUAAUUUAUGUUGAUGUUUAUUAACAUAUCUAUACUUUAUAGACUUCAUUAACAAUAAUGACAUAAACUUUAGGUAAAUUCUGUGAGCUAUAAUUUCAUAGUCAGGUUGUCUCAGUUUUUAUUUGGUUAAAUUACAUAAAUGGUACUUUUUCGGUUUAUGUCAGAAUUACUUGACUCAUUUGAGUGACAUUUUGUAUUUAAUUGAAAUAUGUAAACCUUACAAAAUAGACCAAAUAACUUAUUUAAAUAAGUAAAGUAAAAGCACAUUAGGUGAAAGCACAUUUCAAAAAGUGUGCUUUUAAAAGAGGAAGAAGAUGUGGCUUGCCUGAUCUCCUCCGGCCAAUCAUUCCAGAGCGACGGGGCCCUGACAGCAAAGGCCCCGUCACCCCUGGUUUUAAAUCUAGAUCUUGGAAUCUCUUAAAGGGACCCACUGGAGGAUCUCAGGCUACACUCAGGCUCAUAUGGGAUUUAAAAAUGUAUCGAUAUACUCAGGGGCCAAUCCCAUCCGGGCCUUAAAAGUGCUAAUUUAAAAUCCUAAAAUCGAUUCUAAAAUGCACAGGUAGCGAGUGUGAUGAAGUUAUAUGUGCUCUGUGGAGUCUGUCAGUGGCAUUUUGAAUGUUAUGUAUGUAACUGUAUGUUACAGUUAUGAGCAAUAUUUGUCAUCUUGACAUAGUAAUAUAAUUUAGACAUGUUUUUAAUGUCUACUUUUAAGGAAAGGUUCACAGUUUUUCAAGUCUGUCUUAAAACAAUAGUCAUCCUAUUCAACAUUAAAUCUUGAUGAGGUGCUUCACGAGGUGCUGUAUACAGUUAAAUCCUAAAUCUACUUUGUAGCUGUAGCAUUGUUGUAAUUCUCCUGUUUGCCUUGCUCCGUCUGUCUGAAAGUAUCAUUUUAAGGCAAACUUACAUUUAAAAAUCUGUGAACCUGCCCUUCAAGAUUAAUUACUAUAAAUGACAAAAGAUAAAUUAUUAUCCUGAAAAAAGAGUCAAUUAUGAUCAUAAUAAAAGCUUUUAUCUCAAGAAAAUGAGACGUUUAGAGAAACUGUGUAACUUUAAAGACAAAAUGAAAUAGACUACGCAUUCUUCCUCUACAAACUGAAAGCUGAAUUUAUAGACAUUAAAACAUACUUUUGCUCAAUUCAAUACACUCAGGGUUUUUUGCUUCUACUGCAUUACACUAUCCGGUAAGACCACUAGCUUUUGCUCGCUAAAUGUAAGCAACUGUUACAAACUUUAACUAAAUAUUGUUCUAUAAUCAAAAAGUCAUUUUGCUGACUUUAUGAUUCUUCUUUAAAGGCGCUGUAUGUAAGAAUGUGGCCAAAACAGUUAAUGCACUCAAAUUCAAAAUACUGCCGCGAGUCGUGUCCGCCCCUCCUCCCUUACAGAUUCAAGGUUGCUGGACAGCAGCACGCUGGAGACUGAUUUGAUUGCCCACGGGCAGCUGCCGUGGCAGAGCUGCGUCGCCGCGUCCUUGAUCUUCGGUUUUCCAGCGGACCGUUCAAGCAAGUCCAGCUUCUCUGCUGCUAACGCUGCUGCCGGGAUACAGCUGAGGAGACUGCUAAUGCUAUGUACUGGGACACUGCUAAUGCUGCUUGCCGUGCUGCUGUAGCUCAGUCGUAACUGUAACUAUUGCUGAGACUCUACUGACUGCGUGACUGGUAGACGGCGGUGGGUGGUGCAACAGGCCAAAACACAAAUUCAAAACAUAAACACGAUUUGCGGACCACAAAAUAAUUUUUUAGAUGUAAAUAUUCUGGCCGUACUAUUGUUGUCGGUGAGAUCAGUAUGUUAUAUGAACAUUAUUCCUUAGUCUCUGUAACAUAUUAGGAGGAUUUUACGACUAUUUGCUUUAGACUUCUUACAUAUAGCUCCUUUAAGUGACAGUUGUCAGCCCAGUCGCCAGAAAGAAAUGUUGCCAAAACCUAGCCACAUGUUAAUAGCAGUGUUAAGUUUCAACCACUGCAUAAUAACACACAAAUGUAGCGUAUCUAUGGUUUGCAAAUAGUUACCAACAUUUAUUAUGGUGAUUGGGUUGCAGUUAUCCUGCAGCAGUGGCUACUUUUCAGCAACAGUUACAUAGUCUGGCUUUAAGUUGUGAUGUUAAGAUAAUGGACCUAAAAAUAAGUGGCAACCACAGCCACUGCUUCCAUAUUUAACUUUGCAAACAUGCAGUAUGACAAUCUGAGGUUAGUAGUCUCUGCUCUUGAAGAAGGUAUUUGCUGAAUGCAGCAUGCUAACAUGAAAACAACAAGCAACAUUAUAAGCAACAUGCGUGUAGUAUUGCAAAUAAUCACCCGGUGGGUAGGCUGUUAGUUGGAAUAGCUGAAGAGAAGACUAAUACCACUCUCGUCUCUGUGUGUUAAUUUGUAGGUAGCCGAUUAGCUUAGCUUUGCAUAAAGACUGCAGGAGAAGGGGGAAACAGCUAGCCUGGCCCUGUCCAAUAUGUAAAAAGAAAUCCACAGGACAACACCUUUAAAGCUCAUAAAUGAAAGUUAUUUUUUGUUUGUUUUAUCUGUAAACAAAGGAGGAGUCAGUAUCUGACUGUAUGAAAUUAUAGUAGCCUACCACCAUUUGCGAUCACUCACUCACUCAUUUAAAAAGGUUAUAUUUAUUUGAUUCCUGUGUUUGCAUGGCUUAGUAAUCCCAAGGUUCAAUACAACACCAUGAAAAAAAUCCCUCAACCUGCUUUUUUUUGCAAUAGCAGUGUAUGGCCUCAGUUUUAUGGAGCUGUUUGUAAUUUCAGCUCAUUGUUUAGCUGUCCAGGCCACAACUUACCUGUUGUGGUUCACUCUCACAGCUCUGAUACAGUAGUGUCGUUUUCAGCUACAGCAGGCAGCUGUUCUUUUUUAGAGAAAAAGCAGUAAAAACCCACUAUACACUACCUGCUCAGCAUCAAACUGCACUUUAGCAACUAGCUGGUGAACACAGAGGAGCAUUUAGCAGCUAAAAAACAUUUUUUCUCAGAAGUUGGUGGAGACCAAAACCGAGCUAAAAGAAAGUAAACAAUAGACUUUUGUUAGCCAGGUGGCCAAGAGCACAACUUCAGAUGAAUGCUAAUGUUGCUCCGUAACCGCUGGAUAUGCGAUUAAGUAACUAUUUGCUCACAAGUAACACAUUAACUGAAAAGGUGAUGAUACUGUAUGUCCAGCCCAGUCGCCAGAGAAAAAUGUUGACAUUGUAUGUUCCUAAAAAUAAACACAAAUGUAAUUUAUAUUUGCACAUUUCAUUUGUAUCUUAUCAACAUUUCUAAAGUGAUGUUGUAUAUGAGCUGACCUUGUCAUUUGGUGUUGAGGGAAUGGUGAAUGGCACUGCAGACAGACAAACAACAAAACUGGUUGUGAUUUAAUGAGUCAACGCUGUGUUUACAGCAGCUUUUAAGGCACCAAAUGUGAGUGUUUUGUAGCCGACAGUACUAGUUUUGCCAGCAAGGAUAGUGCCACAAAAAGCGAUUGGUUUUUGCCGAGACGGCGCUGCAUUGUGUCAAGAAAAGCAACAGUUUUUUACUGAAACACUGCUCUGUCUCUAGCAGGGAUAGUGACCCCAGAACGGGUUAUUUUAAGCCAAAACAUGACCAAGUGUUUUUUGUGCCUUAACCUAACCACAGGCUAAACACAGUGCUGUUGAGACAAAAAAUUUCAAAGCAUCCACCACGCAAUAAUGUGCAAAUGUAACGUAUCCGUGGUUCACAGAAACUUACAGUGCCAACAUUUUUCUGGGGAUUAGGUUUGUAUGUCACUCUCAUGUUACUAACUUAUUUCGAAUGCCCUAAGUGGUUGAAAAAAUGCUUCAACUCUGUCUGUUGCCAAAAGAUUUCUAGUAUGAAACCAGCAAAUGUAAUUUGACAAUGACUUUUGGUGUUUUAUGACAUGUUUCUGUGCCCAGAAGAAAGUUCCCCCAAAAUGAAGGAAACCAAAUCAGACAUAACACAAAGCAGAACGCAGAUAACCCUGACAAUUUGAUUUGUAAAGGCUGCUGCCAGACAUUAAAGCUCAAUGCAGAGAAUGAAGCAAGAAGCACAUUUUACAAGCUUUUCAAAACUGUUAGCUUGCUUCUCUCUGCAUGUAGACUGAAUUCAAAGCAUUUGCACCAAGUAGCCUUUCCAUGUGCCACCUGUCAUAUUGUCAGUUUGAUAUAUGGUGCCAUAAUGUGCCACAUGUGACUUAAUAAGUUUUAAAUCUUGGUGUUAAAUGAUAGAGAUUCAGAAAGGCUUUUGGUGCCAGAAAUUUUGGAUAGAUUUUAUCCCUCCAUCUCCUCGCCUGUGCAGGCACAGUUAAGGAGUUCAUUCAAGAAAAAUAAAGUGUUUUAUAGAGUAUAAAAAUAAAUAUUAUAGUAACAAAAGCUGCUUUAUUUUACUCUUGCAAUUCAAGAAGCACUUGAAUGUAGCAAAGCCAGCAGCACACCAUGAUGAAUAAAGAUUUGAAACUGUGAUUUGUCGUGAAUCCCUUCAGGCUGACAGCACAACAUGGCUUCCAGUAAAACCUGUGAAUAGAGAGCUUGUACAGUGUUAAUAGGAAAAUGUGAUAAUAGUUCAAUGAUAAGCUUUGUUUUAGUGGUUACAUAAUAAUAUGUAAAAUAGUUCAAAUGUGUGUGACAUAAUCUGCAUGCUUUGGAAGUGCCUUGGGUUGACCUCUAGUACAAAGUUUUUUUUUGACGCACUGCUCAUCUGAUAGCUGUCUACACAGAAUAUAAAGAAGGUGCUUUUUAAGAAUGACACAAUCCAUCACAGAAACACAGGCCAUUUUUGGCUUUAGAGAGGUAGUAUUU